CUAUCUUGUAUUUCUAGUAUCUUUGAUACGAGGUAGCCGACUCCCGUCCGUCAGACCACACUGCAUCGUCGUACGUUUGUGAAUUGUGGUGUGUGAUUGUGGCGUGUGUGUAAUAAUGAAAGAAGGAGUUCCUGACAUCACCUUUCAAAAUUGGGCCAAGACGUUCUCAUGUCAGCCUGAAUUGUACUUUCAACCCACAUGUAUCGAUGAAAUAAAGCUGAUUUUGGAGAAAGCCAAAGAGAAUGAUAAGAAGAUUAGAGUAUCAGGAAAAGGUCAUUCACCUUCAGACAUUGUGUGCACCACUGACUAUAUAUUGAACCUUGACCUCUUUGAUAAUGUUUUGGAAGUUGAUGAAGAAAACUGUAGAAUCAAAUUUGAAGCUGGCAUGACAGUUAAGAAACUAAAUCAAGAGAUCUUACCAAAGUAUAACAUGGCUUUAACAAUACAAGGUUCCGCAUCUGAUAUAACUGUAGCAGGAAGCAUAUCAACAGGUACCCACGGAACUGGAAAAAACAUCGGUAUCAUGUCCACAUAUAUAGCAGAGCUAGAAUUUUUAACUGCAGAUGGUAAAAUGAUGAAGUGUUCCAGAGAAGAGAAUAAAGAGCUUUUUCUAGCAGCCCUGUGUGGUCUAGGCUGUUUAGGAAUCAUUACAUCUAUUACACUCCAAUGUGAACCACACUUUAAACUUCAUCAGAAACAGCUGUCUUGUACUUUAGAUGAGAUGUUGGAGAAUCUAGAUGGCCACAUUUGCAAAAGUGAAUACUUCCGAUUCUGUUACUUCCCCCAUACAGAUGGCGUGGUCUAUUGGGAGGUUGACAAGACGACGUGUCCAAUGAAGAGCAGUGCAAACUGGUUUUGGGAUUAUGCUAUUGGUUACCACCUUUUACAAUUCCUUUAUUGGAUCAGUACAUUUUUUCCAAGCCUGGUCCCUAUCAUCAACGUGAUCUAUUACAGGUUUUUACACUCCAGUUAUCGUGAGGAUAUUGAUGAUUAUUACAAGAUAUUUGAUUUUGAGUGUCUCUUUGUACAAUAUGUAACUGACUGGGCAAUACCAAGAGAGAAUGCUGCAAAAGCUUUACGAGAUCUAGUUUCAUGGUUGGAGGCCAAUCCAGACACCCCAGCACAUUUUCCAGUCGAGGUUCGAUUUACCAAAGCAGAUGACAUUUUUCUAAGCCCAUGUUAUGGACGAGAUUCUUGUUAUAUCAACAUCCUCAAGUACAGACCUUAUGGAAAGUAUGUUGAAAUUGAAAAGUACUGGACAGCAUAUGAAACAAUUAUGUUAAAAUAUGAUGGUAGACCACACUGGGCUAAGGCACACAAAUUAACUUAUAAAGGACUACAAAACAUGUACCCAGAGUUUCAGAGGUUUUGUGAGAUUCGUGAGAAGUUGGAUCCAGAUGGAAGAUUUAUGAACAACUACAUGCAGAGGGUCUUUGUUCCAAAGAGCAAAAGUGAUUGAUGCCAGACUGAAUCGCAGUAUGAAGUCAGAUAUUUUAGCUAUGUCUUAUAUUAUCUGACAAUGUUGUAUGUUAAUGAAAAUGUCUUCAUUUUUUACCAUUAAGCUAGGCACUCGCUGCGUCUGAUGGCCGUCAGCUGAUGCAAUUAUAUGGAGAAUAUAUGCCAUGAUACACGCAACAGAUCGCGACUACCACUGACAAUCAGCAGAUGACGUCACGUCGUCUAGCGCUUGCAGAAGUGAAGUUGGAUCCAUCGACCAAUAGUUGUACGACGAAAGUGCCCUGCUUUACACAUGAUUGUUUUGAGUUUGUCACUUUAAGUAUCAUUUAAUUUAAUACAAAUAUCUCUUCAGAGAUCUUUCAAAUUCUUAAGGUAAAGGUGUAUCAUGUAGAUCUUUGUUAUCAUAGUGAGAACUAUGGCUGUUACACGCAUAUGAAAGUGCAGGAAAAUAAUUGCCUUUCAUUGGAUUUGAAUUCUCAGUGGCUGAUUUGGUUGUGUAUAAAGCAGGAGGCUUAGGGUUUGAUAGGACAUUAUUUUGUUAACUCCAGCAGAUCUCUUUCAAGGACAAUCUGUAUAUACAAUGAUAUAGUAAUAUAAAAUUAAACAAUAAAAAAAAUAAGGAUCCUAAUUCACCAAGUUCCAAUAUUUAUUUUGUUCACUUACUACUGUAUUGUAGCAAAAGUUUGAUUUUGUACUUUCUUAAAGGGAUUUUAAUAUUUUAUUGGUAUCCGCCACAGUUAUUCCUUUUAUAAUUUUUUUUUUGUGGGUAAUUUUUUUUUUUUCAUGUUUUUUGACCAUGUAUGCGUAAGCCAAAAUAUGCUUGAAUAACAUUAGUAAAUAAUGAGAGAGCAGCUUAGCUCAGUCGGCUAAUCUGGUGGUAGCCACUGUGUGCGCUGAACCGUGGAGAUCUCUAGGUCCCCGGUUCAAUUCCCAUCACUGCCUCUCCUUGUGUUUCAGCUAGAGGGCUGAAAUACAAGUUACAAUAGUGCACCGUCUUUCGGAUGAGACGUUUAAGCUGUUGGUCCCGUGUGCAUCUAUGGCCCUUGUGAACGAUAAAGAACGCAGUACACUCUUCGGAAAAGAGUAGGGGAUUGUCUCCUGGUGUACUGUCCAAUCACCACCAGAAGGACCCCGCUGGAAAUAAGUCUUCUUCUAGACUUUCGUGGGCUAUCCUUGGUGUUUACACUGAAUAAAUCCAAUCCAAUUCAAACUUAAUGACAGUAUUUGUUUAAGUAAGAUCAUAACAAUCAAGAGUUUUAAUAUAAAUUGAGAUUGGUUAUAUACAUUGGCAAUAUUAUAAUUUAUAUAAAACUUUGUUUUUUAAGUUUUUUUCACCAUUUUCUUCUUUAAUAAUCAUAAAUAUGCCCUAUAAGAUGACACUUUCAGUUUAAUUGUUGAUUACUAAUAAUGCCAAUAAUGUUUUUUGAUUAACUUGUUAAGUUUUAUUGAUAGCCAGUUUGGUUCCAUAAUAUGGGUUUUUAGAAAUAUUUUACAAGUAUAUUUUAUUUAUUAGUGAUGAAUGUUAUUUUUUUGAUAAAGCAGGUGCUUAGAUUUUGUAAUUCAUUAUUGAUAUUAUUGCAAUCAUAUUUGUAAGUCAUUACUUAGAAAAGAAAACAGUAUCAUCGUUAAAAGAAUAUAAUUCCUAUAAUUAUAAUUAUAAUUAAGGAAUAAGGGGAAGCAUGUUGAUGUUGGUCCCAAAUAUUCCCUUGAUGAAUUCCACAUGAUAAACCUUGCAAUUCAGAAGUAUAUUCUCAAUUACUUUUGUAAUAUGAGCUUGGUGUAUGGUAGUGAUUUCUCUCUACAUUCCUCAAAAUAGUAGUUUGUGUAUUUUUAUAGCAUUCUGUCUUUGAGAAAUUUUUUUAUCAUUUCUUUUUAGCAUGCAUUUAUUAUGCUAUAUGUGAGUCAUGGUUAAUCUUUUAUAUUGGAUGUUAAUUUAACACUCCCACCCCCACUUGAACUAAUGCAUUCGAUACAUUAGUUCUUUCUAUUCUUAUAUUUAGCAUUUAUAUUUAUUAAAUGACCUGGUUGUUUCUUUGGGGGUUUUUCUAUUGAGAGAUUCUUUUAACAAAGUAUGUUUGAGAUUGUAUCAGUAAUUACCUGUUCAAUAUGAAUGUUGUGACAUGAAAACUUUUAUGUCAUUGGUUCUGGUGGAGGUUGAUUAUGUUUUUCUUUUCAUUCUUGUAAUUCUUGAUCAAUGUUCCUCUUUUGUAGGAUUUGUCACUAAAGAGGUCAAUGGUCCUAGUAGAGGUUGAAUGUUUUCCUUUUCAUUCUUGGUCGUGUUCCUCUUUUGUUAUGUUUCUUUGACUUUGUCUUACAGAAUUUUAUAGCUUCUUUUUCCUUGGGUUACAUUUGCAAGGGUCUGAUAAAUAAUUUUUAGGUGCAUUGAUAAAGUAUGUUUUUUCAGGAUUUUUAAUCAAUUAUGUACAAUAAGUCUAAAAUGGAAAAAGCAAUUAAAAAGGGCACAGGAAAAUAAUAAA